AUGUCACCAUUAUUAAUUAUUGAUCCUCGACAACCACUUUCGAUUGAUUCAUUUGAAUUUCUUUAUCAUUCUAUUGCAAAAGAUAUUAAUUCAAUAUAUGGACCACUUAGAGAUGGUUUAGCACUUCUAGCUGGUUGUUAUAUAUUAAAAAAACUUUUACCUUUACCAUAUUAUUUAUAUCGAACAUUAAAACUUUAUUUUUUUCCAUAUAAAAUUAAUUCAGUUCUAUUAAGAAAACCAUUAAUAACAAGUUCUAAUAGUAAUAAUUUAUCUCAAUCAGAUUAUGAUGAAUAUUGGGCAUUAAUUAAUGAUUGUACAACACCAAGUGGUUGUGCAUUUGCACAAAAUUUAGCUAAACGUGGUUAUAAUCUUAUAUUAGUUUCAACAGAAGAAUUUCAAGAAGAAUUAAAAUUACUUUCCAUACAUAUUGAACGUACAUUUUUAAUUCGUACAGUUACAGUUAUCUAUCGAUGGAAUAGUCCAUAUCAACCACUUGAAUUAACAACACCAACACAAACUGUAGCUGGAACAUGGUCAACAAGUACACCACCAACUGUUGGUCAAAUACCAUUAUCAAAUAAUUUUCAUCGUGCUGGUUCAUUUGAUCGUCUUGAAACAAUUGAAACUAUUGCACGUAGUGCAAAUCUUGUUCUUUAUAUUAAUUGUACACGACCAUUUAAUGAUCAAAAUCUAUCUAAAACACUCAAUCCAGCUGAAUUUCAAUCGAUUGUUAAUAAUUAUCUUAUACCACCUAUGUUAUUAGCAUAUAUCGUUCUACCAUAUAUGUCAACACGACAUCGACCUGCAUAUCUUCUAAAUAUUGUUCCACAUCCAUCUUGUCUUAAUUCUACUCUUCAUCGUUUAUUAACAAUUUAUUUUAAUGCACGUAAAGAUGAAUAUUCAAAUAAUGGUUUACUUCAUUUUCAAACAGUUUAUUUACCUAUUCGAUGGAUUUGUUCAUCAACAAAUGUAUGUAAUGUAGAAAAUUUUCAAAAAUAUAUUUUAUCUAAACAUGGUUUAAAUGAAAAUAAUGAAUUAAUAUGGGGUUCAUGUAAACCACAAAUAUAUGUUGAUACAAUAUUACGACAAUUAGGUCGAUGUGAUCGUAGUGCUGGUUAUUGGUUGAAUGCUCUUCAUAUAACAUGUCUUUCAAUUUUACCAAGAUGUAUUUCACAUAAACUUAUUGAUUAUUGGAUGACAAUGAAAUGA